AUGGCGACGACAUCGAAAGAGUCUCGCAUCAGAGGGUACAAUCACGUUCACGGUAACCCUGACCUGGAGGUCAAGGUUCAGGACUGCGUAUUUCAGGUCCACAAAAAAGUCCUGAUGGAGACGUCCGACUAUUUCCGCGCCAUGUUGGAGAGCGGCAUGAGAGAAAGCCGGGAAAACUCCGUCCAACUUCAAGGAUUUACGCCUGAAGCGUUUCAGAUCGUUCUGGACUUUCUGUACGAAUCCAAGCCGAUCAAAAGGGACGAUAAACUACACUGUGUUCUCGAGAUGGCACAGUUUCUCCAGAUGCGGCCAGUUCUGGACUAUAUCAAGAGUAAACUCAGCUGUGAGAACUGUGCCCAUCUGUACAUGCUGGCUGAUACCUACGCGAUCAGCGAUCUGAGGGAGGCUGCAGCACAGCUCAUGGGCGACAACUAUCUCAAGUUUCUUUGCUCGGAAGUUUUCGAAGAGCUGAGGGAGGAACAGCGAGAAGAGGUUCGGAAGACGCGCUUCAGACACCAGAAGUUCUUGUGUGGUGUGAAUACCGGGUAUAUCACGUGGCCCGAGCCAGGGCCGAGGGAGUUCAUGUACUACGAUCACUGCAAGGAUGCGUGGAAGACCUUCACAGAAAAGCCUGAGCAGGCGUGUGCGAGGGGGUGGGGCGUGGCCGUGCUGGACAACUACAUCUACGUCAUCGGGGGUUACGGCAAACCGCGAUUCGGGCAUCCGUCCGGGAUAGCCGUCCGGGACGUGCUGUCGGAAUCCUUCUGCUACGAUCCCAUCAAGAACACAUGGUUCCAGAUACGUUCCCUCGGCGAAGCCAGGGCUUACUUCGGAACCGUGGUUCACGACAGGUCUGUCUACGCCAUCGGUGGGUUCCAGUACGACUACACGGUAAAAACCAUGGAGAGAUACAUUCCAGAACAGGACAGGUGGGAGUUCAGAAGGCCUCUGCCCGGAGACUGGACUAACUACGAUCUAGCCGUCGUCUGCAAGGGUGACAUCUACAUCAACUCGGAAGAGGAAGGGACGGGAGCGUUUGCACUUCUCAAGUAUAUAUCCAACAUCAACCAGUGGGUAAUUCUGUCUCCCCUGCCCAGAAAACGGGACAAGCACAGCAUGGUCGCGGUGGGCGAAACCAUCUACCUUCUGGGCGGUCUCGUUCCCGGAGUAGACUGCUUCAAUGUCACCACGAAGCAGUGGUCCGUCCUGGCCGCCCACCCCGCGGCCACAGAGGCUGUGGAGUUUGAGAAGGGGUGUACAGAAAUGGACGGGACGAUCUACGUGUUAAACAGCGAUGACUUGUCUUGUUAUAGCCUAGAGGCGCAGACUUGGGUGCAGGGGUUGUCAGCCUUCCCCGGCGGGUAUUACGCCAAUAAAGCAUUCGUCGCUUAUCUGCCACUUGAACUGCAAGUUGUGUAG